GGAAAUAUAGAUUAAUAACAAUAACUUUACAAUCUUUACGACCAGCAUUAUUGCAACGAGAGGGGCUGGCUACCCUGGAUAGAAUUUGACAUAUCUAAAGCACUGUUUAGCUAUCUCAUUUUGACACAUUGCUUGCAGCUACAACUUUUGUUUAGUUGAAAUUUGCAUAUUUCUUUCCUUUUCUGCGAGCAAAACAAAAUGUCAAAUACAUAAAAAGACGGAAAUUAGCGAGAUUUGCUUUCUAGGCAGUUUUUCAAGAAAACCCUACCAAUCUUCACAUCAAAAAUUACAAAAAAAAAGAAAAAAUUGUUAGAAUUUACUUUAUUACCAGCACCUUUACAAUACCAAAACACAUACUACAUCCAAAAAGCACUUUUUAUAUAAGCAAAACGUAAAAACCAACAACACUUCUAACUAAAAUCUCACAAACAACUUUGCAAAUUCUUUACGACAAAUAUUGUGCGAAUUUUCAACCAUAGGCCUAUCCGAGACAGCCGUUAUGGACGUAAUGUCAUCCUCACUGCAACAGCAACGUAUAAUCGUCGAUCAAUUGCGACGCGAAGCGUCCAUCGCGCGUCAACCGGUCACUGAGUCCUGCGCUCAGAUGAUCAAAUAUAUCACCGAGCACGAACAGGAGGAUUAUCUUUUGACUGGUUUCUCCAGUCAGAAAGUAAAUCCCUUCCGUGAGAAGUCAUCAUGCACCGUGCUAUAAACUAUUUUCAAUAUACAUCAUGCUAAGCUAGAAAACGCGUUGUCAUUGCCGAUACUGACGUUGUGGAGUAUGUAAGCAGAGGAGGAGAAGUUUGGUGGAAGGCUUUAUCGGAAUGUACAACUUUUUUCUACGAAUUUGAAAUUGGAUUUUUGCAGUAAAUUAAUUACUGUAAAGUGGGUGGGCGUGUGUGCGUGUGUAUUGUAGAUGUAAAAACAUGUUGAAUGAGGAAGCGUACAAGAAGGGCGAGUGGAAAGUGCAAAUUUGGCGAUGAGCGAGACAGUGAACGCAUACAAUUUGAAUACGAACAAUAUCUCAAGUACUAUUGGACAAUUAAGUACACAUAUUAAACCAAAAAAUGAAGGAAAUUCAAAUAACUAAAUCAAGUAAACACAUAUACAGAUGUCUACGCAUACAUACGCAUUUGUUGAUGAAUUAUAUACUAAACUAUUCAUCUUAUUGAACACAUUCAAACAUAUUAUAUACACAAAUAUAUAUUUAUCUACAAUUUGUAAACCAAAAAAAUGUACUAUGAUUAUAGGCCGAGUGAAAAAUGUGUGGUGAAACGAAAUCUUUGACUAGCAAUUUAAAGACCACUAAUAAAUAGAACCACCACAAAGUUCUUAACAAAAAAGUAUGUAAUAGUUCACAUUAGAUUCCCGAAAGCCAUGUUAUCUUGUAUAAAACACACUUACACACUCGCAUUUACACGAUACAGACUGUGCACUUGCACACAUUACAAAAAAAAAUUAAUAAUUCUUUAUAUUUCUGUGUAAACCCAUUUAUAAAUACAUAUACCUAUAUACUCUAUGCUAAACGAAAAUAUUACAAAUAAAGUAAACCUACAUAUUGGCAAAAUAUCCAACAAACAUUUUUUUUUGUUUUCAAACACACCAAAAUUCAAUUUGUAUCAUUAUCGAUGCAGCAACUAUUUAGUAAGCACUUAAAACCGAUUUAAAUACUAUUAGGAUGGACUCACACAUAUCUUAUGUACUAAAUGUGAGCGGUUGUAGGUAGAAGUUGGGCAUAGAACGAGUGAGAUGAUCGUUACUCAUUAUGAAGUUGGAUAGUAAAGCAAAUAUUUUAUUACAAAUUGAAACAAAAAUAAAUAGAAGUUAUACCACGGAGGCACUUAGCAACAAGUAGUAUAUACAUAUAAACGAAGUGGAAACAAAUAUAUAUUAAAACUUAAGUUAUUGUUAAAGCGCGCUUUGUAGUUGCGCACUAAAAAGCAAAGCAAUUUACUAACGAUAUUUAAACGGUUAAAAAGAAUAAAACGUAUACUCAACCAAAAACGCGGAUAUCCAAGCAGUUGAACAGUUUACGAAAGGCAAAUUAACUAAUUACAGCCUAUAUAUUCGUACUAUGCACGCGAUUUAUAAAAAAAAGCAUAAUCAUGCUAUAUAUAUAUAACAUUUAUGAUGAUUACACGAAAUUAGUAAUAUUAGCGGACAUUUGAUUGUAUUAUUAUCAAAAUAUUUAUCAAGCUUAAACGUUAGUUAAUAUUUUAUUCAAACUCAACUAAAGUUCAGUAAAUUAUUAUAAACAAAUUCUAUAUUAAAAAUUUUAUUAAAUAAAUUAAUCAAAUAUAAAGUAAACAUCACACGAAAACAAAAUAUAUGUAGCACGAACGACAACAAGUAUGGCACAUUUAAAGCGGAUUUCCUAUGCAUAUUUAUAAACGAUAUAGACUUUUAGUAUUAACUAGAGUUGUAAAGAGAUGUGUGCACAACGGGACUCUCAAGAGCAAAACAAUAUGAAUAGUAUGGAAUUUACGCGGACAAAUUUUAAAAAUAAUAUGCAUAUAUAACAUUUUGAAUGCUUUUCACAAGUCAACAAAAACAAUAACAUUUGAAUAUCACUGAAGCAUGUUACAAUCGACGUGAUAUAAGAUGGGCAUGGCCGGAGGAAUACAAAAAAAAAACGAAAUCGUUCUGGUAUGCAACCAAUCAAUGGCAAAGUAUAGUUUAUUUAAUUUCAAAUAUAUUACUUUCGGAUGCUUUUUCCACUUGUUUAAGGCAAAAAUAAAAUGCAUUAAAUAAAUAUAUUUUAUGAAAUUAACAAUUAAUUAAGUAGGGGAUAAAAUGAUAACUUGUGAUAUAAUUUGUAAAGCAAUGCAACAUUAAGUUAACAAAAUAAUAAUGGUAUAUAUGUACAUAUAGAUUUUUAUAAAAUUAUGUGUUGUAAAAUUGUUAGUUUGUGUAUGUGUUAAGUGUUUCCUUUAAAUUGUUGCCAAAAUCGCAAACUCUACUUCCGCAAAUAUAGCGUAUAAUCAAAAAGUAAAGAAAAAAAAAUUGUGAAAUUUAAAUCGUUUAUUUCGAUUAACUGAACGAUCUUAUCCCCUUACUUCCAUUAUUUAAAAGUAUUUGUGUUUGGCAGUAGAAAUCAUAUGACGCAUAUACAUACAUAUGUCGAUUAAUAGCAAGGAAUAGUUGUUUGUAUCUAAUUAGAUGAUAUUUCUUCGAAAGCAACGAAUAGGCUAUUGUUAACUGGACUUUAGUUAGGCAAACCGUUAAAGAGGUGUCAAAAGUGCAAAUGCUAAUAAGAAAGUGGCGCGAUAAAUGUUCAAAAGUUUAUAUUCAGAAUAUAUUUUUUUAAUGCCGUUUAUUCCUAUCUAAAUGCAGAUUCUUUUAUUCACAACAAUAAAGUUCUAAAAUGGGCUUAUUAUCUAAAAAAAACAAAUGUUAAUGUUCUGAAGUGGGGGGCAAUUAAAAUAACUCAAACUUAAUAAUAUGCAAAUGGAGUGAAUUUUAGAAAGCAACUGUCGUUAGCGUUGGUAUGGCGACAUUUGUCAAACUGCAGUGGCAUUUGUUGCUAAGUUAUGUAAAUGUAGGGAAAUCGCUUUAAAGGUCAUUAACGUCGUUCGUUUAAGUUGAAAAUACAAAAUAUAUAUAAACAUUGAAUUUAAAAUUUAUCAAAGUAGUUACAACAUCCUGAUGCGUAAAAUACUAAGUAACGAAUACAGUUAUAUUUCAAUUAAUAAAUAUUAAUUCGUAAGGAGACAAAGAAUUUAAUUAAUAACACUAUAUAGGACAACAUAUAAAUGUGUGACCUUCAAUUCAAUAAAUAUAUAUAUAUUAUAACAAGGUGAUACAUAUAUCUAAUACAACUUGUUGAAAAACGUAUAAAAAUACAAAUAUAUCAAUUUAAUUAUGACAAAAAAUAGACAAAAAUUAAUAAUAAUAAAGAACCUGAUGCGCAAAAUUUAUAAUAGAGAAAGUACCACCAAAAAAAAAUUAAUAAAAAUUUAUUUAAAUUUAAACAAUUUAGUGCUCAUAUCGUAGCACUACAUAAUAAAAUAAUUAUUGCAAAUGGCAUAAAUCUGCACAUAUAUACAUAUAUAUAAAGAAGCUUAUGCAUGUAUACUUCGAAUUGAAUUUUUAUUCUUCAAAGAAAUUUGUAUAACUUUAAGAGCUUGCAUAAAUUAUUUCUUCAAGUUGUUUUUUUCAGGAAAGACAAAAAAAUCAAAUAUACAAAUUAUUAACGCAAUAUUUAUUCGAACAACAAAUUAAAUAAGAAAACACUUUCUUGUAUUUACUUAAUAUUGAAUCGUUGAAAAUGAUGGAAUUCGUAACAUAUUUGAAUGAAUUUCCAAUAGCAACAGAAACACCACAUUCACAACAAAAUAUCAAUGAAUAUUCGUUUGCUUGGAUUCAAAUAAAAUUUAGAUGUGUUACCUAGAGGAACCCAUAAA